CCGAAGUGUAAUGUUGAAAAUUAUGAGAGAUGUUAAUAUUGAUGUGGUGUGUUGUGUUGAAGCUGUAAAUGAUGUAACUAAGUUUUCUAAUCACAGCAGAAAUGUUUUUAAGCAAUUGUUAUUUUUUAUAAAGAAUGUUAAGGACAGCGACGGAGUUUCUUUUUCUAAUUUUAUCUAAAAAAAUUCGACUUUAUAAAAAUUACUCAUUAUUAAUAGUAUUACUGAAAGUAAUAACGUACGGCCUGCUACAGCAGACGGAACCGGCUUUUGGUGCAAGUAUACCGCCAGUGGUUACGGAACAAGAAGAUGGAAUCCGUCGAUCCAAUUAUUCUCGUGCAGAAAAUCUCGCUGUGAAAGGAAUCAGCUGUAAUGAUCUGCUUGGAGCUUGUAGCGACAUUCCUGGAUUUGAGGCCAUUGUUGCUCUACAUCGACAACUGGACGAUGAUGCUAAUGGGAAUGUUGAUAUCACGGAAAGUGACGAGUUUUUAAGAGAUGAACUACAUUAUGAAAAUGGGUAUGAAAGACAAAAAAGCUUUCAUGGUAAUGACAAGUACAUUAGUAUGGAUGAAUUAUGGAGAUCAUGGAAAUUAUCAGAAGUUCAUAAUUGGACACUAGAAGACACUAUUGAUUGGCUCAUCACUCAUGUGGAGCUUCCUCAGUACAUCCAAAACUUUCAAAAGAAUGCAGUUGAUGGCUUAACUUUACCAAGAAUGGCCAUAAAUGACCAUCAUUUUGUGAAUUCAGUUUUGGGAAUCAAAGAUCCUAUUCAUAAACAGAAGAUAGUCUUGAAGGCAAUGGAUGUGGUCCUCUUUGGACCUCCACGUUAUCACAAUUAUGUAAAGGACAUUUUGCUGGUGUUGUCACUAGUACUUGCUACUGGAGGCUGCUGGUUUGCUUAUAUUCAACACAAGCUUUCACAGAGACAGUUGCAAAAGAUGAUGAGAGACAUGCAAAGCCUCCAGCAGGCUGAGGAGACUUUGUUAAAAUUACAACAAGAAUUGUAUAAAGCAAGACAAGAGCAAAAAAGUGUUGUAAUUGAGAAGCAAGAUUUAGAAAAAAAGUUGCAAGAUGAAAUUGCCAACUCUCAGAGCAAGAUGAUGACAAUGAAGCAUGAAACUUCUGACCUAGAAAGUGUUCAGCAAUUGAGGAAUGAAUUAGAUCAAGCUCAAGAAGAACUAUAUUGUAUAGAAAAGGCAUUGGAAACCAGUCGGUGGUCACCUCCUCCAGCCCUGCAGCUCUGGCUUCAGCUAACUCAUGAGCUUGAGCUGCGAAGUUAUAAUGAAAAGAGAGCUACAGCUGAGCAACAGUUGAAUUCUGCUAAGGAAGAGUGUGAAAAAUUAAGAAAAAGGAGGUCAACUUUACUAGGUGCUUUCAGAAUAGCCCAUGGGAGUUCAGUUGAUGCUAUUGAUCACAGAAUUCUUCAAGCUAAAGCAGCUCUGUCAGAAGUUACUAAAGACCUGCAAGAAAGGCUAUAUCGUUGGAAGCAGAUUGAACGUCUGUGCUCUUUUGCCAUUGUGCAUAAUCCAGGUCUGAAGUAUUUAGAAUCUAAGCUGCAGAAUGAAUGUGUAAAUGAACUCUCUAGUCAUCCUUACCUUACAGGUAAGCUAAAUCACAUUGGAAGCAAGUCACAACUUUUGGAUGAAGAUGGGUCAUCAUGUGGAGGCACUAUUGGAGCAGUUCAUCAGCUUGUUCACAAUUCAGCAGUUUUGUUUCUAUCACCUAUUCCACCCCUGUUGGUAACUCCAAUUAAUGAGCAUUCUAUGCUGAAGUUGCCAUCACAAGGUCUAAUUAAACAAGACAGUAGCACCUCCUUGAUUUCUGCUGGUCAACUCUCUGCUUUCUUAGCAUCUGAUUAUUCAUCAACUAAUGGUGCCAUUACCAGUGUGGCUCCUUCAUUUUACUCUCAAGCCUACUGUAUUCAGGAAAAUUCCUCCACACAAAUAGCUAGGAGUAAGUCAGAUUUUAUGAUGUCUCUUUCUACCGAUACCUUUUCAAAUGGUGGAGGUACUUCAAGUUUUGGUGAUCAAAUGUCACAUGUGCUUAGCCCCACUUGGAUCAGCAAUGGAAACAUGGAACAAGGUGGAAGUAGUAAAGGUUCUACACUGAACUCAGCAGUAUCUUCAUCUAAACCAGAAGAUGGAUCUCAGGAAUCAAAUACUCCUCUACAACCAGACACACCAAAGAGAUUGCUUAGUAAAAUUGUAAAAAGCCUCAGCCAAGACAACAACCCUUCACCAUCUUCACAGUCUUUUUCACCUAAACACUCUCUCUCAGAGUCCUGUUUAGACAGUCCUGUGCAUAAGUGUUCUGAUGUUGAUACCAGAAGUAACUUGAAUGAUGAUACUUGCAACAUGAAUAGAAAAGUUACUAAUUAUGGCUCACUUGGAAGACGCAAAAAAGCAGGUGCUUUAAUUUCUUCCCUGCAUACCAAUUUCCCAAAAGCUAUUCCAGAUGAAGAAAAGUAUAUGGACAAUUCUCACUCUGCUCCAGAAAAGAAAGAUGGAGAACAAUAUAAAAAAAUAUUCUUGCUCCAAGCUAAAAGGAAGAAAUCAAAGGUACUCUGAUGUCACAUUAUCAGCAUCCAAAUGCCCCUGUGAUGCAACUGAGAAAAAUAAAACCCUUUUUUGUAUAUUAUGUUUAAUAGGUAGUUUUUGAAAAAAAAAAUGAUGCAAAUAUAUAUGUGUGUGUAUUAAUACAUACACACAUUUAUGUUAACUGUUAUACAAUGUAAUCAUGACUGUAUUUUAAAAUUCUAUUUGUUUACCUUCCAGAUUUGAUCAUUGACCAACUUUUGUGUCUUAUAAAUUAAAUUUGUUAGUGAAUUUAAUAAUGUAAAUAUCCC